GGUGUCCGUCAUGGCCCUCAAGCAGCCGAAUGCGGAGGCCUUCUGCCAGCGAGCACCCAUCUUCCUUGACUACCUGCACAGCAUCCUGCAGAAGUACCCCGAUGGGGGGCAAAUCCUCAAGGAGCUGGUGCAGAAUGCGGACGACGCCGGUGCUAACGAGGUCGUGUUUGUGUCCGACGAGCGGGAGUUCGACAUCACUGGAGGGGGGCUGGAGGGCACCCAGGGCCCAGCCCUCCUGGCUUACAAUGACGCCCUGAUGUCCCCCCGGGACUGGACAGGGCUCCUGCGCCCAGGGGUGUCACACAAGCGGGAGGACCCCAGCACUGUGGGGCGCUUCGGCCUGGGCUUCACCUCUGUCUACCACCUCACCGACCUGCCAGGUGUGCUGAGCCCCCCAUCCUUGGGGGUGCUGGAUCCCGAAUGCCAGGUGCUGCCAGGUGCUGGUGCCCGCUGGGACAUCUCUGCAGCCCAGGACCUUCCUGGCCUUUUCGAGCCCUUCUGGGCUGGGCUGGAAGCUGUGGGACAUCACCGUGGCUCUGCCCAGGGCACCCUCUUCCGCUUCCCCCUCCGCCGGCAACCCUCAGGAAUCGCUGCAGGGGUCUCUGAUCCUGAGCGCCUCCGUAGCCUCCUCCAGACCUUCCUCACUGAGGCCCCUCUUGCUCUCCUCUUCCUCCGCCAUGUCCGCCGCGUAGCCCUGCACCGUGUGGCCCCUGAUGGGGUCCAGACACUCAUCGGGACCCUUGUGGCAUCCCCUCAGCCUCUCCCUGUCCCAGGGCCAUCAGGGGAUGAGGGGCUAAGUCUAGCAUGGUGCCUGGUGGCCCUGCACGGGGAUGGGAUGGGGGACGGGAGCGAGUGGCUGGUGGCCACGGGCAGGGCCACGGAGGGGCUGGCCGUGGCGCUGGGCGCAGGGCUGGGGUGUUGCCCUGAGCUGAGCCUGGCGCACCCGCUCCAUGGGCCCUGCCGAGGGCGGCUGUGCUGCUUCCUACCCCUGCCAGCCACAGAUGAGACGGCCACAGGGCUGCCCGUCCAUGCCAGCGCCCCCUUCGCCCUCUCCGACGACCGCCGCCACCUCCGCUGGCCCGAGGAGGGCAAGGAGGGCGAGGAAGACGCCCGCUGGAACGCCUUGCUGCUCCUUGGCCUCCUGCCGCGGAUCUACAGCCACAUGGCUGCUGCGGUCGCUGCUCUACCUGAUGCAGACGCCUACAGCAUCUGGCCAGACCCCGAGUGCACGCCGAGCUGUGGCCGCAUCCGCAGUUUGGUGACCCAUGUCUGCCGGGAGCUGGCAGCUGCCCGCACUCUGGUGCCAGCCACAGAGGGAGCUGCAGGGCGGCUGCGGGCCACUGAGGCUGUGCUGCUGCCAGAGGCUGCGGGGGACAUGGCUGCUCGGCAGGCGGUCCAGGCCUUGCUGGUGGCAGCCGGGGAGCCAGUGGCUGAGGUCCCAGCCCAUGUCCGGAGGGCGCUGGCUUUGGGGAUGGCAGAGGGCGUGCAGGAGGCCACGUCGGGCCAUGUGCGCGAGGUGCUGCGGCGCCACGGGGCCACAGGCCUCUCGGCUGCCGACCGGCUCUCCCUGCUGCGCUACGUGGCUGGGGAUGGGUGCCAUGCUGAACUGCGGGGUCUCCCCCUCCUGCCUCGAGCUGAUGGGACCUUCGUGGCAUUUGGAACUGCAUCAGCCAUUGUCUACAUGGACACGUCCGACUGCCCCAGGGAGCUCCUGCCCGGCCUGGCCGGGUCCUUCCUGCCCUCAGACCUGGAGCCAGGCUUGGACAGCCUCCUGCGAGGCAUUGCCAAGGCGGGUCUCUUCCCCAACCUGGUUCUGCUGGACCCAACUGUGACUGCCCAGACCCUACGCUUGGCUCUGCCCCCCACCUGGAUGUCCCAGUCUUCAACCCCAGUGACCUGGUGCCCGGCCCAAGGCCCCCCCCAGCCCCCAGCCUCCUGGUUCUCAGCCCUGUGGCAGUUCCUGGCCCACCACGUGGAAGACCUGGCCCCUCUGGAGGGGCUCCCUCUCAUCCCCCUGUCCCCACUGGGUGCCUCCAGCAUCCGUCUGGCUCCACUGAUACCCCAGUCCAGUCUUAUCUUCCAGGCAUGGGAGGACCAGUGCCUGCCAGCUGCUGUGGCCUCUGUGCUGGAGGUCCUGGGUUGCCCAGUGGUGCCGCCGGGCAUGUGGCACCGCUCCCUGUCCCGCUAUGUCCUGCCUCCAUCCCCCCUCAAUGCUCUGCGGGCCCUGGGCAGGCAGGGGCUUGCAGUUGUGGCCUCCCGCCUGGCCUCGCUGCCUGCUGCGGAUGUGGCCACCCUCCGGCUCUACCUGGCAGAUGUCCCAUCCCUGACAAAGCAGGACAGGGCCACACUGGCUGCUCUGCCCCUCUUCAUCCCACUGCCCUGCUUGGCCACCCCGCAGCCCACGGAGCUGGUACCGGCUGGUGCUACCCCGGCACUGGAGCCAGAGCUGGAACUGCCCAGAGAUGUGGUGCUGCCAGAGGCCAUGUUGCAGUGCCGGGAUGAAGCUGACCGGCGGCUCCUAGGGAGGCUCAAGAGGCCCCUCAUCAGAGUAGCCCACGUGGUGCUGGAGGCCAUCAGAGCCGUGGCCCAGGGCACCUAUGCAGGGCGGGUAGCCGAGACACAGGCUCUGCUGCUCUGGGUGCUGCGGCAUGGAGACAUGCUCUUUGCACGGAGCCCCCCGCUCCAGCAGGCCUGCAGCAGGCUGGCCUUCCUGGAGACCCCCAACGGCCCUGCAUGCCCGCGAGACCUCUAUGACCCCUGUGAGAGCACCUUGCAGGUACUGCUGGGCCCUGAGCGCUUUCCUCCUGCCGCCUUCUGCAGUCCACCUGUCCUCCGUGCCUUGAGAGCCCUGGGCUUGCGGCAUGGUGAGGGGUGCCUGGUGCCAUCGGACAUCCUAGAGGCUGCAGCACGUGUGAGUUGGGGUGAUGCAGCGGCUCUGGACAGGGCUCAGGCACUGAUCAAGGUCUGCAACCACCCCAAGGCAUUGGCUGGCUUCAGCACUGCAGAGCUUAGGCAGCUCCAGGCCCUGCCAUGGGUGCCUCGUUCCAAGUGCACGGGAAAGCCUGGGCAGCCUUUCCUGCCCCCCAAGAAGCUGCGGUCCACCCAAUACCAGUCCCUGGUGGGGCUUGCCAUGCACCUGACUGGCGCCUUUGUGCCAGAGGCAGAGAAGAAGCUGGGGCUGAGCCAGACCCCACCACCAGAGAGAGUGUGGGAGCAGCUGAGACAGCUGGCAAGGUGCAGGGACACAGGUGAGGUAGGUCGCGCACUCCGGCCUGUCUACUGGCACAUGCAGGAAAACCUGAAGACCUUUAGGGCUGCCCCGGACGAUGCUGUGGUGUGGACCGGGGCUGGGUUUGUCCUGCCAUGUGAUGCCGUGCUGGGCUAUCCUGAGGAGCUGGAGCUGGGGAUGCUGGUGCCCCGGGUGCCCCCUGACUUCCUGCCCUACAGCUGCCUCUUCAGGGCUUGGGGGGUGGAGGCGAGGGUGAGUGAGGAGAGGGUGGUUGCAGCCCUGCGCCGCCUGGGGCAGGACAUAGAUGCACGCAGCUCCAGAGCUGGCACUGCAGCAGAGUUGCAGGUGGCUGUAGCUGUCCUGGAGUGGCUUAAGAGUCGGGGGCACCAGGGCAAGGGCACGGUGCCGGUUCCUGUGAGGAUGCUGGAGGGCUCGGGCUUUGCCCUCCGCCCAGCUGCCUCUACCGUGUACCUGGACAUGGAGCUGGAGGCAGAGGAGGAUGUUCAGGAGGUGGUGCAUGAGGCAGUGCCAUCCAGCACAGCCGUAUUCCUCGGUACGGAGCUGCUCAGUACGCGAGUGCUGGGGCCAGAGCCGUUCACGGCCUGUGGUCCCUCGGAGCCCAUCACCUUACGGCUCCACAACAUCCUCCGGGAGUAUGGCGAGGAGGGCGACCUCUUCACAGAGAUGGUCCAGAACGCAGAGGAUGCUGGAGCUACUGCGUGCCGCUUCCUCGUGGACCUGCGACACUGCAGAAAGGCCACCUCUGGGCUGCUGGACCCUGGCAUGGCUGCCUGCCACGGCCCAGCCCUCUGGGCCUACAACAAUGCCCUGUUCACAGAGGAUGACCUCCGUAACAUCACACGGGUUGGGGCUGCUACAAAGGAGGGCCAGGCAGGCCGGAUCGGGCGCUUUGGGCUGGGCUUCAGCUCUGUCUACCGUGUCACAGAUGUGCCAGCAGUGCUGAGUGGGGAGACACUGCUCAUCUUUGAUCCCAAUGGCACCCAUCUGGGCAAGCACAUCCCCAGGGCCGGCUGCCCUGGCAUCCGCCUGGACUUAUCCAGCCGACCACGCAUCCUCCGUGCCUUUGCUGAGCAGUUCUGGCCCUACCAUGGUAUCUUUGGGUGCCGCCUGCCUGAGCCAGGACCCUUUCCAGGGAGCCUUUUCCGCCUGCCUUUUCGCACUGAAGAGGAAGCUGUGACAUCACAGAUUUGCUCAGAGGCCUUUGGUACAGAGCGAGUCCAGUCCCUUUGCACCAGCUUCCUUGGAUCUAACCGGCUCCUGCUGCUCUUCCUGCAGAGGGUGAGGGAGAUGUCCCUGGAGAUGCUGCCAGAUGUGGCCACCUCUGCAGAAGAUACCAUGCCUCUGGCCACGCUGCGGCGGAAGGAGAUCCGAGACUUGGGGGCUCCUAGGGACCCCCCAAGCCGGGCAGCCAUUGAGCAGCUCACAGCCUGUGAGGAGGCAUCCAAGACCACGUGGCACUACCUAGUUUUGGUGUGUCAGGGUGAUGGGGAGUUGCUGGAACUGUUUCACAAGAAGACACAGGCAGGGGUCCAUCCUCUGCCUCCCACGGCUGGUGUGGCCCUUCCCCUUGCCCUUACUGCAGAUGGCAAGUGGGUGCCGCGUCUGGGUGCCGAGGAGGGGCAAGUCUUCUGCCACCUUCCCAUGCCAGUCACCUCAGGGCUGCCAAUCCACGUGCAUGGGGCCUUCAGCAUCCUCUCAAACCGCAAGGGGCUGUGGGACACGGCAGAGCAGGGUGAGUGGAACCGAGUGCUGCUCCGCAAUGCUGUGCCAGUUGCCUGGCUCCGGGCGCUGGACCACCUCCGUACCAUGCAUGAGGCAGGUGAGUUGAAGAACUAUGAAUAUCAUGUCUUCUGGCCGGAUGCUAACACUGCCCGUUACCCCUUUACGGAGGCUGUGACUGGUUUCUACCAGGCUGUGGCAGCCAGGAAUGGCCCCAGGAUCUUUUCUGAUGGCUGCUCAUGGUGCUCACUGCAGGACGCCCGCUUCCUGCACCAGGCUGUGGUCAGACACCCCAAGCUGGGUGCCGUGGCAAAGCGUGUCUUUGCCACCACCCUGCCCCAUCCCCUGGUAGCUGUGGCCUUGCCAGAGCAGGUGCAGAGGGGCCUCGGGAAGGCAGUGGAUGCUGGCACCUAUGACUGGCCCCGCUUUUACUGCGAGCUUGUGCUUCCCAACUUGGAAGACCUCUCUGUUGUUGACCGGGACCCACUGCUUCUCCAUGCGCUGGAUAUGUCCCAUGAUGAUGUGGACAAAGUGCUGCAGACAGUGCCCUGCAUUCCUGCCACCCCUCAUGGCCACCUGCAGUUCAUCAAUUCCCUGGUGCAUCCCAGAGGCCGCCCUGCUUCUUUAUAUGACCCUGAGGAUGGGCGCUUCCCCACUGGGGAUGCCUUCCUUUCCCCAGAAAGACUACGCCAACUGGAGAGGCUGGGCAUGGUUAAGGACACAAUGACGCUGCCAGAGCUGCUGGAGCGGGCGAAGACAGUGCAGCUUAUCUGGACCAAGGACCAUGCCCAGGGCUGCCAGAGGGCUGCCUGCAUCCUUGAGCUGCUUCAGGAUGCAGUGGAGGAGAGGGUGAACAACACCAUGCAGGCAGCUUUCCAGACUGUGCCCUUCCUCCCGGGUACACUGCCCACUGGUGAACACGUGCUGUUGCCAGCUGCCCAGCUCUACCAUCACCUCCAUGCCCCAUUAGUGGGACUCAUCCACCCUAUCUUGGAUCCUAAAAUGCUGGGGGAAAACUUCAGCCUCCCCAAGGAAGUUGCAUCCUUCUUGGGGCUGGACCGGCACCUACCAGCAGCUACAGUCCUUGAGCAACUGCAGGCACUGAGCUGUAGCUCCAAUGCUCUCCCUUUGGAGAAUCUGCAGGACAGCACCCACUGCUGCUACAGGUACCUGCACAUGCUGCUCCAGAGAGAUCACUCCAGCUGGGAUGAGGUGGCUUCUGCAGUGGCUCAAGGGGAGCCCUUCGUCUUGGUGGGCUCCCACUAUGUGCCGGUCACGGCUGUGGCUCAGACGCUGUCGUUUGAGGCUGUCCCAUAUCUUUACCAGCUCCCAGAGCAGUACCGACCCUACAGCCAACUCUGGGAGUGUGUGGGGCUGCGCCACACAUUCACUUGGGAUGAUUAUGCCCAAGUGCUCUGCAUCCUGGCAGAGAUGCAUGCUGGAGAGCCGCUGCCAGCUGCAGAGCUGGCUCUGGCCUUGCGGCUGGUGUCUUGUGGCUUGAUGGCAGAUGACAAAGAGCCAGAUGCCUACCAGACCCAGCAACUCUUUCUACCUGACCAGGAGGGCAUUUUGCGUCCACAGGACAAGCUCCACUUCAAUGAUACGCCAUGGAUGCCAGUAGACAGAGAUGUCCUGCUGUGCCAUGAACAGGUGUCCCGAGCCACAGCCCUGCACUGUGGGGUGCCUACCACACGCCACUGGGCACUGGAGAGGAGCCGACUGCUCACUGCAGACCUGAGCCUCUGGGCGCAGCCAUUUGGUGCCCGUGAAGACUUGCCUACACGGCUGAAGAACAUCUUGCGUGAGUACCCAGCAUCCGCUCGUGAUAUGGUGACAGAGUUGCUCCAGAAUGCGGACGAUGCUGGUGCGGGGUUUGUGCACUUCGUGUGGGACCGCCGGCAGCACCCAGUGGAUGCCACUUUCAGUGAGAAUUGGAACCUCCUGCAGGGCCCUGCCCUCUGCAUCUACAAUGACAGCCCCUUCAAGCAGCAGGACAUUGAAGGCAUUCAGCGUCUGGGGGUGGGUGGCAAGCAAGGCCUGCAGGAUGUCACAGGCAAAUAUGGCCUUGGCUUCAACACUGUCUUCCACUAUACUGACUGCCCAGCCUUUCUUACUGGAGACAGUGCCCUGUGUGUCUUUGAUCCCCAUCUCUACUACAUGCCCGGAGCCACAACUGAGAGUCCUGGUGCGAUGUUUGCUGUGAACCCUGAAUUCAAGAGGAACUUUCCAGACAUUUAUGGCACCUUCCUCCCCUCCUUCUUCAACCUGAACCAGGGUGUCCUUUUCCGGCUGCCCCUCCGCACUGUAGCUGGGGCUACCAUCUCCAGGGUGUCUGACAUGGUCGUGCGGGACCAAGACCUCAUGGCCAUGGAGAGAGUACUGGCUGAGGAAGGUGAGGACUUGGUGCUCUUCCUCCGGCACCUCCACACCGUGGUCUUCUCUGAGAUCCCCCCAGAUGGGGAGCAGGUGUUGGAGAGGCUGCGGGUGGCCACAGAGCUGACGGAUGGUGAUGCAGAGCUGAGACGGGGUUUUCAAGCGAGACUGAGCCAAGCCAUGGAUGGGAACCACCCCACCUCUGUCUCCUACAUCAUGACAAUCAAAAACAGCAAGGCCAGGGCCAGCACCGUGUGGAGGGUGGUCUCCCAAAUUGGGGUGCAGGAGGGGGCUGAGGAGUCUCCGGUGCUUGGGCGGCUGCCCUAUGGGGCUGUGGCUGCCUGCCUGAAGCCAUUGGGCUUGGACAAAAUCGUGGGCAAAGCUUUCUGCACCCUCCCACUGCCGCUGACCACAGGGCUGCCUGUGCACAUCAAUGCCAACUUCUCUGUGGAUGUGGCCAGACGCAAUCUCUGCCGCGACCCAGGCAGCACAGAGGCAGCCUGGAAUGGCUUCUUGCUCCAGCACUUGGUGGCUCCACUAUACUGUGCCUUUCUCACCAGGCAGUGGAAAGCCCUUGGGCCUGAAGGGCUCCAGUUCAAGUCCAUGAAGGUCUGCCAGCAGCACCUGGCCUCCCACUACCUCCAGUUCUUCCCUACUGUGACAAAGGUGCUACCUACCUUUCAGGACCUGGUGAGGGAUGUCUAUAGGCACCUCAGUCAUGCACGCCUGCCCCUAGUGCCUGUGUACCACGUGAAGCCACCUGACAGCAUGGUGACAAUGACCUGGGCAUCUCCAGGUGGUGGGGAUGUGCUAACAGAGCCAUACUUUCUCAUGGAGAUGCCUGAGCCAGCUCUCCAGGAGGUGCUGCAGCACCUGAACAUGAACCUGGUGCCAGCAUUCACCCACCUGCGGCAGAUCUAUAAGGAGUUCAUUGAAGCCCAUGUGGAUGCUGUUGCCUUGCAGCCAGCCUCUCUCCGGCGCUUCCUCAAGGCCCUGGCACUCCCCGUGCCCUGCACGCUGGCUGAGACACCCCUGAGGACCCCAGAGAGCUGCUCUGUCCUGCUGAAAGACUGCCUGGAGACCACAGAUAUGGACAAGGCAGAACUGGAAGGCCUGCCCUUGCUGGCCACAAAAGAUGGCUGCCUGAAUGCCUUCAGCAUCCACCACCCAGUCUUCAACAACUCCUUUGCCCACCUCUUCCCCCACCACUGCCACCGCUUUGCCGACAAAUUAAUUUCUGACUUCACCCUGCCUUGCUUUGUGAAGGAGCUUGGCCUCCUGGAGGCCACACCACUCAUCCAGGAGGCACUGGGUCAGCUGAACUCAACUCCAGAGAGGGAGAAGUGGCUAAGGGAGCUGUGGAAGUUCUUCAGCACUGUGGUCCUCUCAGCCACGAAGGCCAAAGAGAAGCUGGAGGCAAACAUGAAGUCAUUCAUGGAUCAUCUCCAGGAUUUGGUGGUGCUGCCUGUUCAGGGGAAUAAGACAGACUCGAAGGACCUACUGCCACUAUCUUCCCUCCCCAAUAUUCUUUCUGACUGUGACACGGACGUGGCCAAGGUGCUGCACAAACUGGGUAUCCCUGUGCUCCAGUGGUCCCUGCUGCCUUUUAACUUUGCCUACCGCUGCCUGAAGAAAAGGGCACUGCAGGUCACAGAGCCCACGGCUGUGCUGGCCCAGCUGGCAGACCGCAGAGCUGAUCUCCACUGGAAGCACUUAAACGAGUGGGAUGUGACUGUUCUGCUGUACUUUGUGCAGGGAAAACUGGAUUCGUUGGCGCUGGAGCAGCUCCGGCUCCUGCCUCUCUUCCAGAAGUAUGGUGGGGACUACGUACCUGUGGCACCCUACCGCAAGGUGCUGUUGCUCAGCAGCCAGUUUUCAGAACUGCCCCUGGGUGCCCAAGCCCUGUACAGCCUGGAGAAGGACAUGUUGCUGCUCACAGCAAACAAGAUCCACAAGGAGCUGGCCAAGGAUUUGCAGUGGGGGCUCACAGAUGACCAGCAGCUCUUCAUGACUGUGGUGCUGCCCCGGCUGUCCCAGCUUACAGAGCGAGAGCUUAUGCAAGCUUUGCGCUUGUUCUUUGCCCUGCAACACAUCUGUGACGUUAAGUUCAAGAAAGCUGUUGUGGCAGCUUUUCAGACUGUGGCCUUUAUACCUGAUGUCCAUGGUGUGCUGCGCCUGGCCUCCUACUUCUACGAGAACACACCCUCCUUCUUCACUCUGAGGCUCCAACACCGCUUUGUGCCUCAGUCUUUCUUUGUGGAGCUAGAUUACGACCAGAGAGCUGCUAAGGAUUUCCUGAUUCAGGCAGGUGUCCGCACCAGCCUCUCUGUGGAGGAUUUUGUGGCACUGGCCCAGGAGAUAGAGCAUGAAGCCACUCAGGCGAGGUGCCACACUGAAGACCUGCUGGAGCGACAGCAGGAGAUGCUCAACGAGCUUCACACCGUGUUGGACGAUUCCUUGUCAGAGUAUGUCCUGAAGCAAAUUGCUUCAAUCCACUUCCUGCCUCCACUGGACAUCCCCCCAGACUUGAUGAACCUCCACCCCCCUUUUGCAGCCUGCACUAAGCCCGUGGCCCUGAAGGGCAGCGUUUACCACUGCCAAGAUGUGGCUGAGCUCCUGUGGACAUCAGCCACCAUCCUGCCAAAGUCCUUUGCAAUCAAGAAGAACCUCCUGAAGGCCAUGAGAGUCCAUGUAAAGAUACCCACCGCCCUGGUGGUGGCCAACCUGGAGCAGGUGUGCAGGGCAGCCUGCCGGAGGCCACAGCAGGUGAAGACACGGGCCCGCGUGCUCCGGAAGGUGUACAACUUCUUGCAGACCCAUCUGAAGGAGGUGGAUGCAGGGCGCCUCGCUGAGCUGCCGGUGGUGUUGGCCAAGUCAGGGGACAUGGCCAUGCCACGGCAAGUGGUGACAUCACUCCCGGACGAGGCUGGCUUUUACCCCUAUCUCCUCACACCUGACCCCCACAUGGCUGUCUAUGGAGACCUCCUGCAACACCUUGGGGUGGUCCUGCUUCCCACACUGGCUCACUACAGCCGUAUCCUGGCCCAAAUCCACCAGGAGAGCCAUGUCAGUGGGACCCUCAAUACUAUCCAGAAGAAGACAGUCCUGCUGGCCACACGGCACUUCUUCCAGCUGCUGCGGGACGCACCGGAGCCCCCUGAUUUCUCCACUGUGGGUGAGCUGUACUUGCUCAGCACUGCUGACUGCCUAGAGUCAUCCCACAGGCUGUACUUCAAUGACUGCGUGUCCUCAAAUACCUCUAGGGCCUUGGGGAAGACCUUUGUGUUUAUGGCUGAACUGCCAGGCACCGAGUGUGAUGCCUGGUGGCUGCUGCAAAAGCUACCACAGCGCCUGCGGCCACGGGCACUCUCAGAGGUGACAGAGCAGCAGCUGGAGGAGGGCAGUCUGCGGCCAUGUCGCUACGGUUCUCACUGCCCUGGGCAGAGGCGUCUGCAGACCCUCCUGGUAUCACCAUGGUUUAGGAUGGGGCUGGAGUCCCUGCUCCGGUGGCAGAGCCACAGGGCUAUGAUGAGAAUGGAGGGGGAUGGUGGCUUUGCAGUGGAGCGGCUGAAAGUGCAGUGCUGCGAGGACAUCUGCACUGUGCUGGUCCACUGUGGUGCAAAGGUGGAGGGCAGCUCCCAGCCACGGGUCAUCCAUGUGUGCAUGGCUGGUGGUGCCCAACGGCUCCUCUAUAUCCGGCAUGCAGAGAUGGUGCUGGACCGGCACCAGCUGAGGGUCCUAGAGACGCUAGCGCAGGAGAUCAAUAUCAUCCUGGGUGGACGGCUGGAGACACCCGCCUUGUCAGUGCUGCGUGAAAUGCUGGUUUGCCAGGAACCACGGGACGUGGCCUUUGUUCUGGAGGAGAACGAUGUGGCACUGGUGGGUGCUGCACCAGAGCCAGAGGAGGUCAUGGCACCAGAGCUGGAGCCAGAGCUGGAGAAGGCUGUGGCAGAGGGGAAGCCAUGGAAGGACUGGGGCAGCCUGAUGCCAGAGGUGACUGGCAAUGUGGAUCACAGCCUGGCAACCUUGCGGCAGCUGUGUGCUGUCAAGCGGCCAAAGGUGUUGCAGGACCUCCACCUCCAGUACAACCCUGUAAGCGCUGCCCAGCACCACUGCUGGGGAGAGGAAGGCCGUGGCUCCCGGUUGUGCAAUGAAGAGGCCAUGACCCUGACUCCAUCUAUCCCAGAAGCCCAGCGGUGGCUGCGGCAGGCCAAGAGUGACCUGCAGGCAGCCCACAAUGACAUCAGGCGCUGCUGCCCCAACUGGGUCCUCUUCAAGGUGCACCAGGCCCUAGAGAAGGCGCUGGUGGCUGCUGUACUUUGCCAUGGUGAGGCCUUUGAGGCCCCAAUGGGGCUAGUGGGGCUCGCCCAAUGGCUGGAGGCGGCGGAGCCAAAGCUGAGGGGUCUGGCAGAGGAGGUGGAGUGGUUGCGUGGCUGUGGCAUGGAUGGCAAGGCCACACAGUACCCGAGUUACCACCCCUACCCCAUCACCCCCAACGAGGCCUUCCCCAGUGUGGAUGAAGAGGAGGUACUGAAGCGGGGGCAAGGAGUGCUGGGGAGGCUGCAGGACCACGUGGACAGAACAUGAGGAUGUCGCCACAGAGGGGUCACUGGCAGCUGGGCCGCAGGACCACCAGAGACCCACCAGAGACCCACCACGGACCUGUCGUGGACCCACCAUGGACUUGCCACAGACCUGCCACAGGCAAUU